AUGCUCGCGUUCCGUGCUAUCGCUCGCCCUGUCGCCGCCCUCCGCGUGCGCCCCGUCGUCGCGCCCCGUGCCGCCAUGAUGGCCAUGCGCUUUGCGUCGACCAAGAAGUUCUCGGAGGACCACGAGUGGGUGGUUGUCGACAACGGCGUUGCGACUAUCGGUAUCACCGAGUACGCGCAGAAGGCGCUCGGUGACGUCGUCUUCGUCGAGCUCCCCUCGGUCGGCUCGGAGAUUGAGUCUGGCGAGUCCAUUGGCGGCGUCGAGUCGGUCAAGGCCGCUUCGGAUAUCUACGCCCCCGUCUCGGGCACCGUCGAGGAGAUCAACGAGGCGCUCGGCGACCAGCCCAGCCUUGUCAACAAGGCGGCUGAGACUGACGGCUGGCUCGCCAAGAUCAAGCUCUCCGAGCCCGGAGAGGUCAACGAGUUGAUGGACGCCGAGGCAUACGCGACCUUCUGCGAGGAGCAGUAA